AUGUACUUCUGCACAAAUCGACGCGCCUUCAUUUCAUUAGUGUCGAACAAAAUCGCGUGGUGCAGAAAUGAGAGCAGUCGACCGGCAAUCAAGAAUGGACCCUCGUUCAGUGAUUUUCUUGGAGCAAAUACAAUUGCUGAUGCAGUUGCAAAUCAUGAGCAGAAAUUAAAGCUGGAAACCGGGGAUAAACGUCUGCGAUUGCCGCCGUGGCUGAAAAAAGAAAAAGUUUUGGCGAGUGAAAAUGAAAACGUUAAGCGAUUAAAGAAGCAAAUGAAAGAACUGAAGUUGGCGACAGUUUGCGAAGAAGCCAGGUGCCCAAACAUUGGCGAAUGCUGGGGAGGAUCUAAGGACUCGCUUUCGACAGCAACUAUAAUGUUAAUGGGAGAUACAUGUACUCGCGGUUGUAGAUUUUGUUCUGUUAAGACAGCUCGAGCUCCGCCACCAUUAGAUCCAAUGGAACCCGAACAUACGGCUAAAGCGGUUGCUUCUUGGGGUGUAGGAUACGUGGUACUUACUUCAGUUGACAGAGACGAUCUGCUUGAUGGUGGAGCGAGUCAUUUAAGCAAAUGCGUUCAAGCUUUAAAGCAAGAGAAGCCAAGCGUAUUGGUCGAAUGUCUUUUGCCUGAUUUUUCCGGGAACCACGAUUCGAUUUCUACUAUGGCUACAAGCGGGCUUGAUGUGUAUGCGCAUAACAUUGAGACGGUAGAACGAUUGACGCCCUGGGUUCGAGAUCCACGAGCAAAAUAUUGGCAAUCUCUGGAUGCAUUGAGAUUUGCGAAAAAGGCAAAACCCGGUCUAAUAACAAAAACAAGUAUAAUGUUGGGACUCGGAGAAACAGAUGAUGAGAUUCGUACUAGUUUGGAGCAUUUGCGUGAACACGAAGUCGAUGUCGUGACUUUCGGACAAUAUAUGCAGCCAACAAAGCGUCAUUUAUUAGUAAAAGAAUGGGUCACACCAGAGAAAUUUGAUUAUUGGGCUGAUGUAGCACGAUCGAUGAAUUUCCUGUAUGUAGCCUCCGGUCCACUCGUCAGAUCAUCGUACAAAGCCGGCGAAUUUUUCCUAGAAAAUGUUUUAAAAAAGCGUUCAACAGUUGCGACAAGUGAGGCU